AACACAUUUGUUGAUAGACCGCUAACGCGGUCGCUACACUAUAAUGAUUAUGAAGUAUUUUUGUGCGAUUUUAGUGACUUUUUUCAAUAUUCCUCUCUAUCAUCAACUAAUUCUUGAGAAUACAAUCGUGAAACAAAAUGGAUCAACAGCCGAAACGUCAAACAAAUCUAGAUUAUUGUACGACUAUCAAACGCAUGCAGUCGCAUACAAAGAUCUUAUAGAGUCGAAAUGCAUUUUGGAAAUAUUAACGGGAAGCGAAAGUGUUAUCAGCAAAUGGAAUUCCAGCGGAAGAAGAGGGAGCAUAUCAAAAGAUUUCCUGGACAACGAACUAUUGUCGAAACGUCAGAUAUGGCGUUUGGCUGGUGACAGAAUCACCGAAUUUUGUAGAGGAUUCCCAACGUAUCUUAUAAAAAACAGAGCAGACGGAAAUCAAGAUAUUCUAAAUGAUAUACCAAAUUAUAUAGAAAAAUCUAGAGCGAAAAGAGCUACAAGUCAUUAUUUCCAAGGACGUGUUAGAGGUCAAACGCAAUCACAGUAUCUUAAUUUUGGAAAAUCGGAUCAACCUGGAAAAGCGGAAGCUGAAACAUCAUUGGAAGGGUCUAAAGCUGUUGUUAGUGGAAAUAACGGAAUGGGACAAGCUCAAAGUCAAAGUCUUCCUUUUGAUUGUGGUGACUGCUAUGGUAAAGAUCAAGAACAGGCGCUUAAAAUAUCAGGUUAUCCAUCUAGGCAGUACCCUGAACCAAUUAAUCAGAAACCAGAUAAUUCUGGUGUCAAUUUUCCUGGUCAAAUACCAAUAUCUGGACAAAUUCCUAGUUCAGGUCAUGUUGAAACAACUGGACAAGUUUCUAGUCCAGAUCGAACUCAAGGAUCUACUCAAACGGGACAAUGGUCUACACCCGGAUCAGAACAAAUUUCCACGCCCCAAAUUAGUAGUACUGGACCAACGGCAGGAUUAUCUAAGUUCGAUCAAAGCCUAGGUGGUAGACCAGGUCAGACAGAAGGAUGGUCAAAACAACCAAGCCAAGCUUCAAAUCAAGUAACAAGUUGGCCCGGGCAAACAGGAGGAAUCACUCCUACAGACCACAGAGGAGGUUGGACGGGGCAACAGCAACCAAAUUCCAACGUUCAAGAACCAUUGGGCGAUGUUAUUCAAACUGGGGGAUGGCCUGAGCAAAAUCAAAGACCAAUUACUCAGUGGCCUGGACAAAUUCAAUCAGCGGGACAAGUAGGAGGUUGGCCUGGACAAAUUCAACCACCUGGACAAGUAGGAAAUUGGCCUGGACAAAUUCAAAGACCAGGUCAAACAGGUAACUUACCUACUCAAAUGCGUAGCCCCGGUCAAUCAGAAAACUGGCCUGGACAAAGUCAAAUACCACAGGGUCCUGUACAAAAUACAGGACAAGGUACUUAUCCUGUACUAACAGGUUCAUGGCAGGAACAACAACCUAUUAGUGUACAAACAAGUAGAUUACCACAACAAGUUGGAUGGCCAAGUCAAACUAGUUUACCAGGACAAAUUACAGGUCAAAUCCCAACGAACAGAGGUUCUUUUGGUGGAAAAUUAGCCGGUGACUACCAAAGUAAUCAACGGAAUUAUGGAAGAUUUUCAGGUCAAUUCUCUGGACAAUACGAAUCAUACGGACCACGUGGACCUCCAGUUGGGCAAACUAAUGUGUGGUCUGGACGCACCGAAACACCUUCACAAGGUUGGUCUGGUACGGGGCAGUUUGGUGCACCUAGCGAAAAUACAAGGCAAGUUGGAGGUACCAGCCAGUAUCCAGGAGCUAAUGGACAGUACCCAGGUUGGCCAAGCACGGGACACGUUGUCGAACCUAGUCAGAACGUGAAUUGGCCUGGAGUUAAUGGACAAAUUAUCCCUGGUCAAGUUGGAAGUUGGACUGAUCGGGUCGGAGGCUGGCCCGAACAAAUGAAUAGUCGUCCAGAUCAGGAUACAGGACUUGGUCAAAUUACAAGUCCUCAACAAACCGGAGGUACAAGCCAAACCGGAUAUUGGCCGAGUGAAAUUGGAGGUACUGCGCAAAUUCCAAUUCAGGGUCAAGUAGGACAAGCUGGAGAAACUGGACAAGUUGGUGAUUGGCCUGGUAGAGUAGGAGGACCUGGUGUAGGGGGAACUGGCCAAGCGGGAAGCUGGCCCGGUCAGAUUGUAGAUACAAGUCAAAGUAUUGGACCAACUCCAACAGGACAACGUGGAGGGCCUAGUCCAGUUGGUGGUUGGCCCAAUUAUAUGCAGCCAGGAGCUGGUUCUGUUGGAGUUUGGCCGGGUUCGACCGGAGGUACAGGUCAAGUUAGAGGACCUGAUCAAACUGGGGCUACUGGACGGGGUGGAACAUCUGAUCAAAUUGGGAGUGGGCCAGGACAAAUGGGGAGGCCAGGACAAUAUGAAGUUACUCGAGGUGGGGGCUGGCCUGGUCAGAUGGAAGGUAGAACGCAAGCUGGAGGACCUGGACAAUCCAGUAUUCCUGUACAAGGACAGGGAUCUACUCAAGGUGGAGGUUGGCCUGGACAAGUAGGAUAUGAUCAAUCUCGCAACAGACCUUAUCAAGAGCAAGUGCCCAUACAAAAUGGAAGAACCAAUCAAGGGGUUUGGCCAAGUCAGAGUGGAAGUAUAGGACAGGUUGGAGAGGCAGGAGGAAUUGGUCAAAAUAUUCCGGGUUUACUGGGUACCUCAAAUGGAGCUGUUGGAGGACAAAUAUCUAAUCCGAUAGAUGAUUCGGACUCGCAGGUUCAAACUUCUGUUCAACAAACUGAUAAUGGAACUACCGCACAAGCCCAAGCACAAGGUACAUUCGGAGGGGGAACUGCACAAUCUCAGGUGUCAGGAACUUAUUCGGGAUCUGGAUCAUUUAGCGCAUCGGCAGGAUCUGAUGAUGGUAAGAGAGGAGCUCAAACACAAGUUUCUGGAAGUAAAGAGGGCGCUCAAAGUACUGCGCAGGGAAAAGGUGGUUUAGGACAAUCUCAGUCACAAGUAAGUCUAUCACUUGAAACAGGACAAACUAGUUCAAGUGCUCAGAGUGGUGGAAUGAACCACGGAACGCAAUCUCAAGUAUUAGCUUCUGAAAAAGGAGGUCUAGCUGACGCCCAAUCGAAUGGACCGGGAAGCACAUCUUCUCAAGCUCAAAUUGGUUUUAUACCAUACGAAGAACAGGAGUCGGACGACACUGAACCUUUUAGAGGCGGCGGAGUGGCUGGUGCCCGGAGUGGAACAUUUUCAGGAAUGUCUCAAUCUCAAGUUCAAGGGAAAUUUAGAUAUGGAGUCAAAUACAGUGGCGCUGCGCAAGCCGCUACUGGUGGGACUGGUUUCGGGAAAAAUUACACAAGAUCGGGACCUUUCAAUCCUAUAGAAAUAGAUUUUAAUAUAGCUAAAGAAAAACUCUCUCAGAAACAGACCGAACAAGUCGUUACAUCGAAAAAACAUGAAAAUAACAAAACAGCUGUGACACCGAUCGAAAUAGAAACUACAACAAUGAAACCAAUAUCCACGAAAAAAUCGUCGCAUAAACAAACAAAUAACAAGGAUUACAAAGAUGAGGAUGAUGAUUAUUAUGAAGAUUACGACGACGAAACCGAGAAACCGAAGACUAGAAGUAUAAUAACGCAAUCAGAUCUCAACCAAAGACAGCACAUUGUAUUGGAUCCCUUAGAAGACCUAGAUCUUACCGUACACCAAAGCAAGGGAGUCAUUCCAAGCGCAGAUACAAUCAUCCAACCAGGAGAAACCGUUCCGGGUUAUCCUGGAUACAAAAUACCUUUGGGAUUCAGAGGCACAUUGAAAUCAAUUGCAAACGGUCCAAAUACAUACGCCAUAGGUAAACAUUCGCAAGCUCAAAGUGCCACUCUCUCUCCGGGAACUGGGAAAAUCAUUUAUAAAAAGCCUUUCUACGCAGUCACAUCAAAUACUCAUUCAACGAACGGUCAGUACAGUUACGGUAGCGGUUACACAUAUCAACCCGCAUAUUCCCCAGUCAGCUACCAACUGAAAAGUGGAAAAAUUUUACCAAAUUUCAUAUCAGUUUCCAAAUCAGAAACGGGUUCUAAGAAUUUGGAUACUGGAAAGAAAACUCCAAGCGUUUAUUAUAGUCAAUCUUCCAGUUGUGGAAUUUUCACAAAUCAAUGUAUAUUUAACGCCGGUCGAAAAUUAUGUUUUCCUAAAGCUAAGACAAAUCCCGACGGCACAAUUAUGGGCUGCUAGAAUCUAUUUAUAUCUAGAUUAAGUUACUGUAACAAUCAAAUGUACAUACACGAAUAAUAUUAA